AUGUUACUAACAGCGUUAUUAACAGUUUCUCUUCUUCGCACUUCUACGUCCAUUAAUCCAGAAUGCGCUCUGUACAAGGAAAUCUUUGAUUAUCAUAACCAAACCUAUUUUAAAGCAGAGUUCGCGUUUGAGGUGGUCGAAAAAAUAUUUAACGCUUUCAAGCAGUGGUUCUUCACCAUUACCUUUUGUGACUUCACAUACUUCGAAAACAGAAUCCUCAAAUACAUUGAAAAUUAUGAUAACGGCUACCCCGUUAUGCUUUUGAACGGAUGUCGUAAUUCAAAUAAAACAAAGAUGAAACUGAAGAUUAACAAACAUGGUCAGACCACAUACGUGGUGACAUCAAACGAAUUAUCUUUAGAUGGUAGCGAAUUUGUAAUUGAAGCUUUUACAAGAACUGGAGUUUUCACACCUAGAAGUGUUGUGAUAUUUGUCAUCAACACUCCAAUAGAAAUGGACAGUUAUUUCUUUUACAAUAUGAAACAACACUUCCAGUUUCUUAUAAGCAGGCGUAUUACGAACUCCGUCAUGGCAUUGUAUUCUGGAAGGUUGAGAAUGUUUACUUUCAAUCCUUUUAGCAACGAAAUAAGAGACAUAACAGAUGUAAGUGAGGUUAGUCGUAUGCUUGCUAAACAACAUAAUGAUUUAUUUGGACAUGAGCUGCGAUUAAGUGUUUUCAGAAAAGUCUAUAUAUCAGACCAAACUGGACCUCUCUACUGCAAUUCAAGACUCGCAAAAACAGUAAUGAAAAUACUCAACGCUACAUGUAAACCUUUACUACCAAGAGAUGGUAACACUGUAGGAGACUUGUUGGCAAAUGGAACAGCUACUGGGGUGACAGCUGAUCUAAUAGAUGGAUAUACGGACUUGGGACUGAAUUCACGAAUGCUGAGAAAUUCGUACUACGGAUACAUUGGCACAACGUAUCCAUUAGAACAAGACGAACUGUGUUUCUUGGUUAAGAAGUCGCUUAAAGAAUCAACGUUAACCACAACGUUAAAUCUCAUCUCGAUUAAUCUGUUGAUGGUCUUCAUAUUCAAUUUAGUUUUAUUUAUAACUGCAGCGUUAAUAAUACGAGCAAUUGAAAAGAGAGUUUGGAAUUUGGACGAGAGGAGCACCAUUUCGUCUACGGUAAUAAAUUUAAUCAAAUGUUUUAUAAGACAGACAGUUGACAUAAAGUUUAUGGGACAUAUUUUCCGAUUCGUUGCUUUGUUGAUAAUGAUCUACUCCAUCGUUGUCAAUUGUGCUCUUGAUGUAAGUAUAAGCUAA